CCCGUUUUGGCCCCUCUCGGAAGCGCGCCGAAGCUCUCCCGCCCGCAUGGAGCUAAGGCCCAGCGCCUCCCGGGCCGCCGCGGCGGCGGCGGCGCUCUUCGCCUGGGGUGCAAAUAGUUACGGGCAACUUGGCCUCGGCCAUAAGGAAGAUAUUCUUUUGCCCCAGCAACUGACUGACUUUUGUGAACCUGGCUGUGUCAGGAAGAUCGCAGGAGGAGGGGGACAUUCUGUAAUUGUCACAGAUGGAGGAGACCUUUUUGUUUGUGGCCUGAACAAAGAUGGACAGUUGGGCCUUGGUCACACGGAGGAUGUUGUGUAUUUUACCUUCUGCAAGUCCCUUGGUGGCUGUCCUAUCCAACAGGUAGCUUGUGGCUGGGAUUUCACCAUUAUGCUCACAGAAAAUGGUCAAGUUUUAUCAUGUGGAUCCAACUCCUUCGGCCAGUUAGGUGUUCCUCCAGGGCCUCGAAGAUGUGUGGUUCCCCAGGCCAUUGAGCUUCUGAGAGAGAAGGUUGUUUGUGUUGCUGCUGGACUGAGGCAUGCAUUAGCUGCUACAGUGAGUGGCAUUGUGUUCCAGUGGGGGACUGGUUUGGCAUCAUCUGGACGACGGUUGUGCCCUGAGCAGACUCUCCCGUUGUUUUUGACAGCAAAGGAACCAAGCAAAGUUACAGGCCUAGAGAAUUCUAAAGCAAUAUGUGUUCUUGCUGGCUCAGCCCACUCGGCUUCCUUAACAGAUGCAGGAGAUCUGUAUGUUUGGGGCAGUAACAAGCAUGGACAACUGGCUACACAAGCUGCUUUCCUUCCCGUGCCCCAGAAAAUAGAAACACAUUGUUUUCAGAGUGAAAAGGUCAUGGCCGCCUGGAGUGGGUGGACCCACCUGGUUGCUCAGACAGAAACUGGCAAGGUAUUUACUUGGGGCCGAGCAGACUACGGACAACUAGGGAGGAAGCUGGAGACUCAAGAAGACUGGAAGGUAGAAAAGCAGGAUUUGUCCUGCUGCUGCUCAAAACGAAAGAACAGCGCACCCUCGCCUCUGCCUUGCCUGAUGGGAGCCGUGGAGAUCUCUUGUGGUUCAGAGCAUAAUUUGGCAGUAAUUGCUUCUGAUUCCAAACCUCUGAAAGGCAAGGCCCCUAUGUUUUCUUCUUCUAUGUGGCCUGUUCACAGCAUCCAGCACAGUUCCUGGCCUUCAGCGAAGAUGUAGGCAUUCUUGAAUUAAACUGGACAGGCUCGGCUCCCUGGAGUGGCAGUAGUUUGAAGCACUGCUUUGCAGGCCCACAUGUGAUGUGCAAAGAGACAGAACCAAGGACAGCAGAGGAGGGAGGCUGUUGGCAGCAGUAGGGAGCAGAAGGGCUUGAGUCAGAGCAAGAACUAGAAAAUGUACCAAUCAACCUGUAUGCUUUGCAGCAAUAACAGAUCAUUUGUACUGGCCCUGUUCCAGCACGGGCAUAAUUAAGACAAGCUAAUCCAGGAGUCAAAAGGAUGUGGUGCUGCCACCACCACUGUUACCACUACUGCUGCUGUCACAAGACUUGAAGAGGGCAGUUUCCUCUGGGACCAACACGAGUAAGAAAAUAGAAGGGAAUCUGAAAACACAAAAUCAAAAUCGAGAUGGAGAGGCCAGGGCCAGAGCUAAGUAUCAGGCUGAGCUGACACAGGCUGCCUGGAGUUGCAGAAAGUGGGAAGAUGGUACCAGACAGCCUCCAUCUACACCAGCUCCCUCUCUGUGAGCAUCCACCCUCCCCUCAUCUAGGUAAUGGGGUGAGACUUCCUCUUUGUAGGACUGUAAAGAAAGAUGAGGUGAAACAUAUGUAGAAUGCCUAGCCUAUUGCCAUUCUCAUCUCCCCUGAUAGAAGUAGGGACGGGAGACUCACCUGUCAGUGUAACCAAUCCUGGUGAAGUAAUUUUUGACAGGAGGGAGAAAGUAUGCCAUUCUAGAAAGUUGUCCCCAAGUACAGAGGCCAUCAGAGGUAGUGGGAGAGUGAGACAUGCCAGUGAGCUCCUUGAAGGCAGACUUUUCCUUUUGUCCCCAGUGCCCAGGGCCUGGUGCACUGUCUUCUGAGUAAAGCUGCAGAGUCAGGAAGGUAGGCCCAGCACAGACCCUGGCCAGAUGCUCCCACCAUUGGCGGGAUGGGACCCCCAGUGGAGCCCUGCAGCGGGCAUGCUUUGCAAGCAGAGAGAUAAGAAUCUGCCUCUUAGGCCUGGCAGGAGGCCAGUGAGAGGGAGACAAGCUGGAGGGAGAGAAGAGCUCUUCUGGCUCACAGGCCUGUUUUUCACAGCCAGCUCUUCUGUCACCUGCCUACCAUUGCCCACCUCAGAUGGAAUUCCAUGCCUCCUGCCUCCGGGCCUGAGCUUUAGCCCAGUGGUGCCUGGUGCUGCACCCGCCAUAACAGGCAUAAUUUGGUGAUGGAGUAAACUAGAGUAGAAUAUAAAGAAGCUGGACUUCAUCAAGGGCAGAAGCAGCUUUAAUGUCAAACCAACAUGCAACAGACAGAUCAGGCUGAAAAGGGAGGCAAAGGAAUGUCGGUGCACAGGGUACCGUGCACUGCUGAGUCCACAGUGCUCUGCUGGUGCGUGCUCACCUGGCUAGUUCAUUGGUUUGUUUCCUUCCUUUCCACCCAGGAUUUCCUUUCACAUCAGCUAACAUUUUCUGGCUGGCGCCAUUUGUGAGUGCACACCAAGGUCAGCAGAGGUGAGCAGAGAGCACAUGGCCAUCACUUACUCAGAAGAUCCUUGCCUCCCAGAGGCAGGGCCCUCAUAUCCUGCUGUUUUAGGCCCCUCACCGCCAUGUCUGGCUAAACUGACUCCAGCUAUUUUGCUUCUCUCAGGAGCAAUUUAUUUUGGCUUGAUUGGCCAAUUUGUUUUCCUUCUUUCCUGAUGUGCAGUUGUUUAGCUUUCCUUUCCUGCAGUGGAAAAAGAGCUGACUAUGCUGCCUUUCUUCCUGCUUUGCAGACCCUUGGAAGGACUUUCUUGGUGGCCUCUUCCUGGACCAUGAGGUUUGUCAGAAAGGCAGUUUUAUCAGCUCCGUGCUCUAAGCAACUGAGCUAACUGGCCACUAGACAGGCAGUUUUAAAGAUUGGAUAUUGCCAGGACCGUAUGCUAUCUCCUGUUCCUCCAAGGAAGGCAGUUGCUUUGAAGUUGUUCUCUGUUCACUGAUUUAUUUUUCAUUUUACUGAUGAUUUCCAAUUGUUGAACGUCUGCACCUUUAUUAUAUGCAUGACAGAGCAUCUGACCUUGGCCUAAAACUCAUCAAAGAGAGCCAUGUAAUAUUUCAUAGAAACAUUUAAUAGUGAGAAAUAACUUUUAGAGGGGACGCGCAGGCUAUUUUUCUGAGUGAUAAGCCCUUCAAACCUCAGGGAUUUGCAGAGUGCUUUCAGGCAGGUUCAGACUUGUUUGUUCCAGUGCAUAGUGUGGUAGGCAGAAGAGAAACGCUUUACUUAUAUUAUCCCAUUUACCCAUGGCAAGUUGAUGAGUAACUACUAUUAUUAACCCCGUUUUUUUAGAUAAGACUAGAUAAAACGUAAGAUGAUCAGUGUGCCAUACCCAAGUCAUACAUUUGGGAGGAACCUGUGUGUCAUAUCAUGAAUCCUGGUCUCUAACUUCAGAACCUGUGUACUGCUACCUGUGCUGCCUGUCUGCAGACUGGUGACAGUGUGACCUGUUUUAAGUCCAUUAGUUAAGAGUGUUCAUUUCUUCAUUUCAAUAUUUAGUUCCCUACCAAAGCCUGGUGGUGUACACCUGUAAUCCCAGCUCUUGGAAGACUAAGGAAGGAGGGUCAAAACUUGAGUCCUGGUUGGAGAGCUUACUGAGACCCUGUCGAAAAAUUAGCUCAGUGUGAGGGCACCAGGUUCAGUCCCCAGUAAGAGAAUGAGGGAGGGAGGUUGGGAGGAAGAAAGAGAGAGAGAGAGAGAGAGAGAGAGAGAGAGAGAGAGAACAUAUCAGCAACAACAACAAAAACAUAGUUUUCCGUUGCUGUUGGCAAGUUCUUCUGUAUAUCAAGCCUAAAUCUCUUGUGCUUCAGAUUAAGUAGUUCUCUGCAUAUAACCAACAAAAGGUUGUGAAAUUAGUGACAUCGUUUUGGACAACCACUUCUUUUAAGAUACUUCUUUCUCUUUCCAUUGUCCAUUCCCAUGUAAGAAAUUAAUGUACUUAAAUAAUUUUUCUGUGAUUGUACAUGUAUAUAGAUUAAAACUUAAAAGAACUUCCUUCCCAUCCUAUUCCCCAUUUGUCUACUUCCCCAAAGCAAUACAUGAAGCUAAUGCUUACUGUGGUAUUAGUUUCUUCUA